AUGAACGGUGCUAAAAUCUAUGUCGGCAAUCUCUCGUGGAACACCAAUGAUGAUACGCUGCGAAACGUUUUCAGUCAAUAUGGCAAUGUCCUCGACAGUAUCGUCAUGCGCGACCGCGAGACCGGUCGUUCCCGCGGAUUCGGCUUUGUGACCUAUGCUACCCAGGACGAGGCUACUGGUGCUAUUGCUACCGCCAACGGAAUUGACCUCGAUGGGCGCCAAAUUAAAGUCAAUCUUGCCAACGCUCGUGGGAGCGGGGGAGCAGGUGGCCCAGGCGGACCUGGGGCCAUGUAUCCUCCGCAGCCUGGAUUUGGAGGUGGAUACCCAGGCUUCCCAGGGAGCGGAUACGGUGGUGGCGGAGGCAAGUUCCCCUCUAUGCUCUCUAGCAUCUGGGCUAACGACGGUGCAGCUCCGUAUGGCGGUGCUGGAUUUGGCGGAUACCAGCCUCCCCAAGGAAAUGCCGGUUUUGGAGGCUUCAAUCAAGGUCCUGCUGGCUACGGCGCACCGCCUAACCAGUUCCCGCCCAACCAAGGCGGGUACCCUGGCCAAUAUUAG